CACUGAGCUCCAUGAUAGUCGGCGGCUGGUUUAUUCAAAGCUGAGAGAAGCGGUCACUGAGCCUGGGAGAGAUCCGGGAUGUAUGGGCGCUGAAAAUGCAUCGGAACCUGGUAGCUACCUCUUUAACCAACGCUAGCACAACAUAACUUUGUAGAUUAAAAAAAACAACAACAAAGGAAAGCUGGGACAGUUGGAAGAAGUCCCCGGAUCGCCUUGCGUGGGAUAAACAGAGACAGUAGCUCCGGGCUGCUUGGACGAGCCUGCACGGCUUUUGAAGCUUGUAAGUUUAGUUACGCUUUCUUGUGUAACGGCGUUAGCCUAAUUAGCCAGCUUGCUAGUGAAGUACUGCGACCGCCUUUGAGUGCUCCGAGUUUCCUGAGUCGGCGCCGUUUCUACCUGACCUUUUUUCUCUUGAAAAGACAUUUUUUCGCCUUAUUCCAUCAAAGCUUAAUGGUUACGUUAAGCUACGUCACAAUGGGAACGGUGGAUCUUUGUAACGAUACAGCGAUAGCUAACUAGCUAAGCUAGCUAGCUAGUUAGCUAGUUUGUAUGCUAGCCAACAGGAGCUAACGUAGCCGAGCCAGCCUGCUACCUCGGUAACGUUAGCGCAGUUUCGGCGAGCUAACCACCACAAUACCGUUGCUUUCAAACUACCUUUGCGGCUGAGGCCACACUGUUUGCAAUUAUGUUUGAAAUGGAGACACACAUAUCAUGCCUUUUCCCGGAGAUUUUGGCCAUUAUUUUCAGUUAUCUUGAUGUUAAAGACAAAGGAAGAGUGGCCCAAGUGUGCGCGGCCUGGAGAGACGCGUCCUACCACAAGUCUGUGUGGAGGGGGGUGGAAGCCAAGCUGCAUCUCCGGAGAGCUAACCCGUCCCUGUUCCCCAGCCUCCAGACCAGGGGAAUUAAAAAAGUUCAGAUUCUGAGCCUGAGGCGAAGUCUGAGCUACGUGAUACAAGGGAUGCCACACAUCGAAAGCCUUAACCUAUGUGGAUGCUUCAACCUCACAGACAACGGACUUGGACAUGCCUUUGUGCAGGACAUCCCAUCCCUGCGGGUGCUGAACCUUAGCCUUUGCAAACAGAUCACUGACUCUAGCCUGGGCAGAAUUGCUCAGUAUCUAAAAAACCUGGAGGUGCUUGAACUGGGAGGCUGCAGCAAUAUCACCAACACGGGCCUGUUGCUCAUCGCCUGGGGCUUGCACAGACUCAAGAGCCUUAACCUGCGCAGCUGCAGGCAUGUGUCUGAUGUGGGCAUCGGUCACCUGUCCGGCAUGACCCGGAGUGCUGCAGAGGGCUGCCUGUCACUGGAGAAGCUGACCUUGCAGGACUGCCAGAAGCUCACAGAUCUGUCCCUCAAGCACGUCUCAAAGGGACUGAACAAGCUCAAAGUGCUCAACCUCAGCUUCUGUGGCGGGAUCUCGGACGCAGGUAUGAUCCACCUGUCACAUAUGACCCACUUGUGCAGCCUGAACCUGCGAUCCUGUGAUAACAUCAGUGACACAGGGAUAAUGCAUCUUGCCAUGGGGUCUCUCCAGCUGUCUGGACUCGAUGUGUCCUUCUGUGAUAAGAUCGGUGACCAGAGCCUGGCUUACAUUGCCCAGGGACUGUAUCAGCUCAAGUCCCUCUCUCUGUGUUCCUGCCACAUCAGUGAUGACGGCAUUGACCGAAUGGUGCGCCAGAUGCAUGAACUGAAGACUCUGAACAUUGGACAGUGUGUGCGCAUCACAGACAAGGGGUUGGAACUGAUUGCUGACCACCUGACACAGUUGACAGGGAUUGACCUGUAUGGCUGUACUAAGAUCACAAAGAGGGGUCUGGAGAGGAUAACACAGCUCCCGUGCCUUAAAGUGUUAAACUUGGGUCUUUGGCAGAUGACUGAGAGUGAGAGGGUCAGGUGAAAGUUCUAGUUUUUAAGUGUGUUUUUGUCUCAUCUGUUGUUUUUAAUGCUCACUUGUAUACUGGGAUGGACUGCCUAUAUCCAUCCUUAUCUUUUUACCUGCUAUACUGUGACUAAAAACUAGGAGAUGGGAAUCAAGAUCGAUCACUGGAAUAUUGGAAGCCUGUGCAUUCACCACCACGGCAAUAUUCCACUCUUUAUUUUGAUACGGUUUCUUUCUUGUGCUCUCUAUUCCUGUAUGUUUUCACCUUGACCUAUGUAAAGUCCUUAUUAGCUAGCUACCUCACCCAUCAAAAGACACAGGAGUGCCUACAACCUAGGAAUCUUAAAUGACAUUGCAUAUUUUUCUGACUCAUGCACCAAUGGUGGUUCUGAUAUUUCAGAAAAUCUGUUGCAAAAUUAUAUCUUGUCAUUUUAACUCUUAACAAAAAGGCUGGAGUACCUUGGAUUGAAGUUUUGAUAGAUUUUUUUUUUUUUUUUUGGGGUUUUGUAUUUUUACUUAUGUAUCCAAUAUUUUUUGUAUUGAAUGACUGUUGUUGACAAAAUUGUACUUCAAAUUGAAGUGGGUGGAUCAGUCUUGUUUGUCCUCUUUACCUAUGUAUAGUUGGCUAUGUUUCAUAUUCCUGAGGAAAUACCAUAUAUCGGCUAUUCAAGUAUGCUACUCUGUCUGUUAAAGGCUAAGACUACAGCAAUGUGUAGUAAUCAACAGCUGCCAAGGCUAUAUGCAAUACCUUAUACUGCACACCAGUCAUUAUUCUCCUGAGGAGCUUCCAAGGAUAGUGUUAGUGUUGGAGUAUUUGUUUAAAAAAGCUGUAAUUUAAGAUUGUUUUAUAUUCAUACAGUAGUGAUAUUUAUGAAUAAAGAUGGCAAGUAUGUUUCA